AUGUAUUUACCGUACCAUCUCUCCCAGCUGGCUCCAAUUCUCAUCCCUACAAUUCGGAUGGUUGCCGGCGAACUAGUCAAUGUGCGUAUUCAAUGUUUGGCCACAAACGUUCCAAAACAGGGUUUGGCGUUCAUGGCCCUACCAUUCCUACCUGCAUCGAACCUCUUCUUCCCCGUGGGCUUCGUGGUGGCCGAACGAGUACUCUACAUGCCAUCCAUGGGUUUCUGCAUGCUUGUGGGCUAUGGCUGGUAUUUGCUACCAGGACGGAAGUUGGCCUGGUGGCUUCUAGCUGCCACUCUUGCAGCUCACGCAAUCAGAACACAUCGGAGAAACUGGGACUGGGAGUCGGAGUAUUCCAUUUUUAUGGCUGGACUGAAGGUUAAUCAGAAUAAUGCAAAGCUCUUCAAUAAUGUGGGACACGCUCUUGAAUCACAGGGUCGCUAUGUAGAAGCUCUACACUACUUCCAUACUGCUGUGAGCGUCCAACCAGACGAUGUUGGUGCCCAUAUAAAUGUAGGUCGAACUUACAACCAUCUUAAGAAAUUCACAGAAGCUGAAGAAGCCUAUUUAAGAGCCAAAGAAUUACUACCAAAAGCAAAACCAGGAGAAAGUUACCAAGCUCGGAUACCACCAAAUCAUUUGAGCGUAUUUUUAAAUCUCGCGAAUUUGAUUGCCAAGAAUACAACUAGACUUGAAGAAGCAGAUUUAUUGUACCGCCAGGCUAUCAGUAUGCGAGCUGAUUACACACAAGCUUACAUAAACCGAGGUGAUGUUUUAAUAAGACUCAACAGGACAUUAGAAGCUCAAGAAGUUUAUGAACGUGCUUUAUUAUAUGACAGCAGUAAUCCUGAUAUAUACUAUAAUUUGGGUGUGGUAUUUUUAGAGCAAGGAAAAGCACCGCAAGCUUUAGCAUAUUUGGAUAAAGCUCUCGAGUUUGAUCCGGAUCACGAACAAGCUUUAUUAAAUUCGGCAAUAUUGCUUCAAGAAUUAGGCAAGAAAGAAUUCCGUCCAAUUGCUAGAGAAAGGUUGCUAAAAUUGCAUGCAAAAGAUGAAAACAACGAACGAGUUCAUUUUAAUUUAGGAAUGUUGUCGAUGGAUGAACGCAAUAUUGCAGAUGCCGAAAAUUGGUUCCGAAGAGCUGUCCACAUAAAAUCAGAUUUCCGAAGUGCUUUGUUCAAUUUGGCGCUUUUGUUGGCUGAUGACCAUAGACCUUUGGAAGCUGCACCUUUCCUAAAUCAGUUAGUUCGACAUCAUCCUGAUCAUGCAAAAGGAUUGAUAUUGCUUGGAGAUAUCUAUAUAAAUAAUAUACGUGAUCUAGAUGCAGCGGAAAGUUGUUACAAACGGAUUCUGCAACUGGAUCCAGUGAAUAUCCAAGGAUUGCACAACUUAUGUGUGGUGUACGUGGAACGAGGCAAACUCAUGCAAGCGCAAUCUUGCCUGAAACAUGCCCAUCGCAUGGCACCCAAAGAAGACUACAUUCUACGCCAUCUCCAAAUUGUUCAGAACAAAAUCGUCAAACUCCGCACAACUCCGGAAAAAAUAGAAAACAUGGAAGCUUUCAUGGAAGUAGACAUACGUGAAUUCGGUGGUGAUAGAUUCAUCCCGGUGAAACCUGAGAUGAACAUCAGAGCAACACCUACAGCUAAAGCGUCCAAAGUGGUAAAGGACUCGAAGCCAACGCAAGGGUCGAAAAGUUUUUCAGGGAGUAAGCAAGCUCAUCAAAAAUCUGCCAACUCAAAAAGCAGGAAUACUAAAGAAAGUAAAAAUUCCAAAAAUGCAAGUGAUCAACAGAAGUUGAAGCGAACAGACAGACCCAGGCCUGAACCUGAACCCAUGUUUGUAGAUAGUUUAGAUGGAACUGUUGUUGAUGCGACAUCUUUAAGGCACAAUACAGAAUAUAGAAGUAGUAAUAGUGUACAUAGUGGAAUUACUCGUAGUGCCGCUUAUUCUUUGAAUCCUCAAAGAGCAGCAGCAUCAGAUAUUGAAGAACAAUCAGCGGGAUUGUCAUAG